GAAACACAAGAGACUGAGAAGAUCAGACUAGAAACACAACAUGAAAGACAAAAACUGGAGGAAAUAACAGCUCAACUCCAGAAAGAGAGAGAAGAAAUCAACAAUCUUAUUGAGGAGACAACAAGAAAAGACAUGGUCUUGGAUGAAAUGAACACAGAAAUUGAAGUGAAAACUAAAGCCAUUCAAUCUGAUAGAGACAUGCUUGAGAAGGAAAAACAUGAUCUUGAGAAAAUCAAAAGUGAACUUGCUAAAGCCAAGGAGGAUCUUGAAAAAGAAAGAGAAAAGCAAGGAAUCAUACUGGCAGAGAUACAGAAAGAGAGAGCCUCCCUAAAGGAGAUGAAUGAGACCAUCACAAGACAAAUACAUGAUAUUAAUAAAGAUCAAGAGGAACAAAUGAGACAAAAACAACAUGAAAUUGAACAACUGAAAACUGAAAUUUAUAAUCAGAAACAAGAACAAGACAAUGACAGAAACAUUAUAAUAAAAGACAGAAGUCAGCUUGAUCUGAGACAAUCCGAGUUAGACAAACAACAGACAGAAGUGAGUGACAUUAUGGAAAAAAUGAGGAAUGAAAGAAAACACCUAGAUAAAGAUAAACAAGAGAUGGAAGAACAGAAACAGCAACUGAAGAAAGAAAGAGAUGAUGUUGACCAAAGCAGAAAAGAUCUGAAUGAAGACCUAAAGAUGAUGACACUUCAGAAACAAGUGAUUGAAGAUGAGAAGAACAAGUUAGAACAGAUGAAGAUUGAGCUGCAAAGAGAAGCUGAUGAUAUCCGAAAGCUCAAAGAAGAAACACAAAAUGAGAGACAGAGUUUGGAAAAGAUGGCUGAAGAACUUCAGAAAGAGAGAGAAGAUAUUGUUCAUCUUAAUGAAGAUACAAAGAAAAAUAAUAAAAUCCUUGAUGAAAUGAAAGUUGCAAAUGAGUCUUUAAUUGCAGAUCUUCAAAGAGAGAAAAACAACCUUGAGCAAAUGAGACUGAACAUCUCCAAACAAACUGAUGACAUUGAAAAUGAGAAAGAGAAAAUGAAACUCAGAGAAGAUGAACUAGAGAUACUACAAGCAGAGAUUCAUAAACAACAAAGUGAAGUGGAAAAGGAAAAGAACAACAUUGAAAGUGAAAGAGCUGCAAUGAUCAGGGAAAAACAGGACAUGAUGACUGAGCUGAGAAAAAAGUAUGAAGAUGUUGAGCUUCAGAUGAAGGAGAUAUUGACUGAAAAGGAAAUGUCGGAAAAUGGUAGACAACUGCUGAAGAGAGACAUGGAAAAUCUGCAACAAAAACUAGUUAAUGUAGACAGAGAUUCAGAGAGUCUGAAACUUGAGAGAGAAGCUUUGGAGAAUGAGAAGGAAAUGAUAAAACAGAUCAAAACUGACCUGCAACGAGAAAUACAAGAGAUUGAGAAGAUCAGACUAGAAACACAACAUGAAAGACAAAAACGGGAGGAAAUGACAGCUCAACUCCAGAAAGAGAGGAAAGAAAUCAAUGAUCUCAUUGAGGAAAUUAAAAAGAAGGGAGAUAUUCUUGAUGAAACCUAUACUGAAAUACAAAGGGAACAAGAAGCAAUUGAGAGAGGCAAAGGCUUGAUUAGAAGGGAACGGUCUGACUUAGAGAAAACCAAAGCUGAGAUGUCUCAAACCAAGGAAGAGCUUGAAAAACAGCUUUCUGAACAAAAAACAAACAUUGAGAUCACACUGGCAGAGAUACAACAAGAGAGAAACAUGCUUGAACAGAUGAGUGAGAAAAUAACUAGAGAAAAAAUGGCACUUGAAGAUGAAAAGCAAGAGUUACGAAUAGAAAAGGAAGAACUUGAAAGAAUGCGGGCAGACAUCGAAAGAAAACAAGGAAAUAUUGAUCACCUGAGGUUUGGCAUAACAGAAGAGAGUCUGCUUGAGAAAUCAGAGGCUGAAAUAGUUCUUCAACAGAGUGACGUGGAUGUAGUCAAAUCUUUAACAGACAAAGAAAUGUCAGAUCCAGAUGGAAAAAGUGUCUUGAUGGAGCAGAUGCUGGAAAUGGACUUAAAAGAUGCAUUAGAAACAGAUGUUGAGAGCCAAAAGUCAGACUUACCUGAAGCUGAGGAUUUACCUCAUAAACAGGAGAUGAUGUUAGAGAAGAAGUUUAUUGAAGAUGAAAAGGACAAACUGGAACAGAUGAGAGCUGAACUGCAAAGUGAAGCCGAACACAUUGAAAUGGAAAAGCAUGACAUGCAAAAUGAAAGACAGAAGCUAGAAGAAAUGUCAGCUCAACUUCAGGAAGAGAGAAGUAAUCUCGAAAGCCUUAACGAGAAGAUUAAUGUUCAAAAAUUUAAUCAACAAAAGCCAGCAACUGAGUUUGAAAUGGAGAAGACUGAUUUAGAGAAAAUCAAAACAGAAAUUGCUAAAGCCAACAAACUUCUUGCAGAACAGCAAGAAAAGAAUGAGAAGACAAUAAAAGAGAUGCGGACAGAGAGAGACGCUCUUGAAGAAACGAGGGUGAAAAUCUCAAAACAAGUGGAGACUAUUCAAAAAGCGAAUGAAAGUCUUUCUCGCAGAGAAAGUGAACUUGCAAAGCUUCAGGAACACAUUUUACAACAACAACAUGAAAUGGAUGAACUGAAAAACACAAUCAUGAUGGAAAUGAGUCAACUGGACCAGAGACAAACUGACAUUGAUCUAUUACAGCGAGAGGUUGAUGAUCUAAUGGAAUUCACAAAGACAGAAAUGACCAACGUAGAAAGAGAAAGAGUGGAAAUGAUGGCACAGAAGAGAAAUAUAGAGAGAGAGAUAGUCAGUCUAGAGGAAGAAAAGGAGACAUGUGAACAACUGAGACUAAAAUUACUGGCGGAAAAGGAUCAGGUUGAAAAAGACAGAGAGCUGUUGACCAAAAAUGUGGAUCUUAUGGAGAGGCAAAAAGUGGAUAUGGAGAAAGAAUUAAAGAAUCUAAAAGUUGAGAAACACACAUUUGAAAAUGAGAAGGAGGAACUAGAGAGGAUGAAAACCGACCUUCAAAGACAAGCUGAAGACUUGGAGAAACUAUCUGAGAAGACAAACAAUGAAAGACGGAGGGCAGAAGAGAUGGCAGCCAAAUUUAAAAAGCAAUUAGACGUCAGUGGUAUUCCAGCGGACUACCAACAGGCGGAAGAGCUCAUGGAUGAGACAGAGAAGCAAAGAAAGGAAAUUCAGUCCGCCAAAGACUUGCUUCAAGAAGAAAGAUCUGAGCUGGAGAAAACCAAGGCAGAGAUAAACCAAGCCAUGGAAGAACUAGAUAGACAAAAAACUGACUUGCAGAGAGAUAAAGACAUUCUGAAGCAAAAGAGUACAAAUAACUUGAGACAAAUAGCUCAAAUUGAAGAUAAGAAGGAAAAAAUACAACACAAAGAGAAUGAACUAGAACAAAUGAGAACAGAACUUCAAAAUAAACAAAAAGAAAUGGAUGACAUGAAAAACAAAAUAAAAGAAAAGGCUGAUUUUGAGAAUCUGGAACAAAAGAGAGCUGAGUUGGCUAGAGACUUGGAAAACCUCCAAAAUGAGAAACAAGCUUUUAAAAAUGAGCAAGACGAGCUAGAAAAGAAUAGAGAGGAUAUUAAAAAGUUGAAGCUAGAAGUUCAGAAAGAAAGGCAGAGGGCUGCACAAGAGUUAGAAAAAGAGAGGCAACAAUUUGCUAAGGAGAUCAAAAUGAAAAAUGACACCCUGGAUGAAAUACAAGCUGAGAUAGAAAGACAAAAACUAGCCAUUGCUGUAGACAAAGCGAUUGUUAUAAAGGAAAAUAUGGAUCUGGAAAAAACCAAGGAACAUUUCAAAAGACAAUCCGAGGAGAGUGACAUCACUCAUGCAAACCUGCAGAAAGAGAGAGAGAGUCUUGAUCAGAUGAGAGUGGAGAUCUUAAAGCAAAAACAUGACAUAGAGAGAGAAAGAGGUGAACUGUUAGAGCAGUGUCAGCUGAUGGAGACACUAAAGAAGGACACUGAAAAUGUGGAACAGCUGAGGAAAGAGCUUUUGGAUGAAAAGGAAUUGACUGAGAAAAGCAGAACGCAACUGAAACGAGACAUAGAUGAUAUGGAACAAAAUAAAUCAAAUCUGCAUAAAGAAUUAGAGGAGUUAAAAGUUCAAAAACAGGAUAUUCAAGAUGAAAGAGUUCAACUAGAGCGAAUGAAUGCCGAGUUAGCAAAAGAAAGAAAAGCAAAUGACAAAAUGUUGAGAGAGGCUAAACAAGAAAUGGAGAAAUAUGAGGAGAUCAAAUCAAAUAUUCUAAUCCAAAAAGAAGAGUUUGAGACUAAAAGACAAUCAGAAGUAGAGGAACUUAUUGGUAUGAGAGCAGAAAUACUCAGACAGAAAGAGGAAUUAGAGGACAAGAUGAAAAAGACUAAACGUGAGAUGAAAGAAUUGAAGCUUCUUCAGGAUGAAACUGAUAGCAAGAGGAAAGAUCUUGAUAACAAGAUGAGACAGGCAGCGAGAAAGAGAGAUGAGCUGGAUAAAAUGAGAGCUGAUAUUGAAAGUGCAAAUGAGAAACUUGAAAUGGACAGAGUCAUGUUAAGUAUAGAGCGUGAUGACAUGGAUCGAAUGAAAGCUGAGAAACAACGAGCGGGAGAAGAACUACAAUCUCAUACGGAAGAAAGAGGUGGAGAUCUGGAAGAGAAAGAACAAAUAAACACCAAGAUACAGAGGCUUAUUCAAGAGGCUGAAAAGACUAGGGAAAUGGCCUGGAGAACAAAACAUGACCUGGAAAGAAGCAUGCAGAGAGAUGUUAAUGUUCAGGCGGAUUCAGAGGAAAGGCAAAAAAUGAGUGCUUACAUGCAGAGGCUGAUCCAGGAAAUUGAGCAUGUCAGAGAGGUUCUCAGAAGAAUGAAAGAUGAAGUCAAGGCUGCUAGAAAUGAAAGAUUUGAACUGGAGAACAUGAGACAGGAAGUCGAAGCCAUGAAACAGGGCAUGAAGGAAACCUAUGAGCAACAGAACAAGGAGAUACAAAAAAAGAAGCAGCAAAUUGAGAGUACCAAAGACUUGUUGAGCAAAGAGCGAAGUGAUCUUGAGCAAAAUAGAACUGAUUUGGAGAGACAAAAACAAGAAAUGGCAUUGGACAAACAAAAACUUCAUGACGAAAAUGAACUGCUGAAGAAAGAAAAUGUUGACAUGAAGAAACAAUACGAAAUUCUCAAAAACCUUCUAGAAGAAACAACUAGAGAAAGCACAGUACAAACAGUUAAACCUUCCAGAAAAAAGAAAGUAAUGAGGAGAGAUUCAGAGGAAUUAAGGGAGAAAAUGGAAUCAUUAAGCAUGGACGACCAGCAAGAAGAGAGUAAGAGUCAGACAGAUGAAAUUAACAGACAAAUAGACAAACUGACAGAGUUGAAGGCUGAGCUGGAUCAACAGCAGGUAGAACUUCAGAAAACUAAAGCAGACUUAAAACAUCAGAUGGAUGAGCUAGAAAACAUGAGGUCUGAGAUAUUACAGCAUGAAAAGGACACGAGAGAGGUGGAGCUGAUGGAUAUACAGAGCCAGAGAGAAGUCAUAGAAACAAGGAUUCAGAAAAUGACACAUGAGAAGGGAGAACUGGAAGUCUUAAGGUCUGAAAUAGUCCUAGAAAAGAAAGAUCUGGACCAGAAGAUGAAACAAGUGAUACGAAAGAGGGAUGAGGUGGAGAAAAUGAAGACUGAGAUAGCAAAGGCGAGAGAGGAGAUCAACAGAGAGCGGCAGGAGCUGGAAAUACUCAGGAAUGAUGUUCAAAGUGCAAGAGAGGAUUUUGAGCUAUUGGUGGAGAAAACUGUGAAUCUAGAAGAUGAGGAAAGUACCAAUGCUGACAUCCAAAGACUAAUUUUAAAGGUUGUGAAAAUCAGGGAAAUGGUGAGAAAUCUAAAAGUUGACAUGGAGAGCAGGAUGGAGGAAAGUAAGGUGGUGAGAGAUGAAAAGGAAAACUUCAAGUCUGAGAUCCAGAGGCUCAUUCAAGAUAUUGGACAAAUACGGGAAAAUCUUGGAAGCCUUAGAAAAGAGAUAGAAACCACCAGAAGAGACAAGAAUGAAUUGGAGAAGAUGAGAGCAGAGCUUGCAGAAAAGCAACAGGAGGAAGAGAGCAUGAAAGAAAUGCUGCAGAAAGAAAGAGAAGAACUGGAGCAGCGGAAGGAUGAGAUAAACAGAGAAAAGGAGGAUGUGGAGACCAAAAGAGAGCUGGUUAAGGUAGAAAUAACUAAAGAAAUAAUGGAAGAGUUUAAGGACACAAGAAAGAACAAGGAAGAACUGCAAAAUGUCACUGAGGAACUCUUGAGAAACAAGAGUGAUCUGGAACAACUCAACAGAGAUAUACAAAACCUAUGGCAAACCAUGGAAGAAAUGAAAACCCUGCAUGAAAAGAAAAGGGCUGAACUGGAAGGCAUUACUUCUGAAGUAAAGAGAGGAGAGCAGAUACUGGAGAAGCAGAAACAUGAGUUGGAAGAGAAAAGUUGGAUUGUUGAAGAAAUAGAGAAAAAGAAAGAUACACUUGAAAAGAUCAAUAUGGAAAUACUGAGGAAGCAAAAAGAUAUAGAAAAAGAAAUGGACAAUUUAAGGCAAGAGAAGCAAGAGCUGGAGCUCUCUAGAAGUGAACUACAGCGACAGAGAAUUGACGUCGAAUCUUCAAAACAUGCUUUGAUUAUGGAGAAGGAUCGGUUAGAAGAUGAACAAGCUGAAAUCAAUCAACAGAGGCAUGAAGUGAGUGCUGCCAUGAAGGCUUAUGAUGUGGAGCUGAAAAACCUAGAAAAGAUGAAGAAUGAACUAGAAAAAGAGAGGGCUAAACUUGAUGAAAAGCUCCACAUUGCUGCAAAAAUGGAGGAGAAACUACAGGAAAUGAAGAGUGAACUAAACAAAGAAAAAGAGCAAGUGGAAGAAAUGAAGCAAAUGGUCAGCACAGAGAGACAUUUGAUUGAACAAAAGAAUGCUGAGCUUCAGAAAAAGUCAGAGAUCACUGACAGACUCAUUCAGGAAGCAAACAAUGAGAGAGACAGAUUAACAGACUUCAGUCUAAAACUUCACACACAACGAGAAGAUAUAGAGAAUAUCAUCACAGAAAUAGAGACCAAGAAGGAAGAUCUCAAUAUAAUCAGUGCAGAACUUCAAGAUGAUAAGAUACGACUGAAAAAUGGCAGGGAUGUUUAUGAAAGGGAAAUGACACAUCUGCAGCUUAAGAGGGAAGCGUUAGUGAGAGAAACAGAGGACCUGGAAAGAAAAGCCUUACAACAGAAAGAACAAGAUGAGAUGGCGAAACAAGAGAUUCAAAAUCACAAAGAGGCUCUAGAGCAAAUGAAGGUGGACAUUCUGAAGGAAAGAGAUGAUGUUGACAAAGAGAAGAAAAAUGUAUAUUCAGAAAAACAGAAACUGGAUACACUUCGAGAAGAACUGCAAAGAAAGGAAAGUGAGCUUGAAAACAAAGUAAAAACUUUAAUGGAAGAGCAGCAGCAGCUGAAACAGAUUCAAAAUGAAAUGUAUAAAAUCAAGAAGGAGAUUCAAAGUAAUCUGGAAAGAAAGGAGGCCGAAAUUCAAGAGGAGAAACAGCAAUUAAUGGAAAUGGGUGAAACAAUUACAAGAGAACGCAAUGAAUACAGAAAGCUGACUGAAGAAGUACAGAAAGAAAAAGAGUGGCUUGAAAUCAGCAGAACGUUGAUGGAUCAAGAGAAGGCCAAACUUGAAAACAUGAAAAAUGAUCUGGAGAAGCAAUUACAAAAUCUAAGACAUGAGAAACUGAAUGUACAAGAUGAGAAGAAUGCACUAGAACAGAUAAGAGCAGAAUCCAAAGAGAUCCAAAAUGUUAUCAAGAAGGAAAGAAAGGAUCAAGAGAAAUGCUGGCUGGAAAUUGAGGGUGAAAAGCAAAGAGUGGAGGAAGAAAUUAGACAAUUAGAGAGACAGAGGGAAGAAACUAACAAACUUCACAGUGAGUUGCAAAUAAUUAGAGAUGACAUUAAAAGUAAGAAAGAAAAGAUUGAUAAAGAAAUGGAAGAAUUACUGCAAAUGAGGGUUGACCUGGAGAGAACAAAAGUAGAAAUCGAAAAGGAUAAUCAACGACUUCAAGACGAUAAAUUUAAUCUUGAAAAGACAAAAGCUGAGAUAAAGAUACAGACAGAUAAAAUGAUAAUAAUAGACACCAACCUAAAGGAGAAAGAAAGAGAAAUUAAAAUCCAACUAGAUAAAGACAGAGAAGAAAUUAAAUGUUUGUCUGAAGAGACUGAAAUGAAAAUGAGGGACCUUGAUAAGACGAUAAAGGAGAUGGAGAGACGAAAGCAAGAAAUUGAGAAAACAAAAGUGAUGCUUGAAAAGGAAAAGACAGAAAUUGACAAAGAAAAGAAAGACUUGGAAAAACAAAUGAUGGACCAGAUUGAGCAGAUACAAAAGGACAGACUGGCCCUUGAGGAGAUGAAGGAAGAACUUCUUCGUGAAAAACAAGAAACAGAGGAAGAGAUAAAUAACUUGAUGACUUUAAGAAACAAACUAGAAGCUUUAAGAGCAGAGAUACAGAACAAGCAAAAUGAAAAUGACAUUUUGAAAAAGAAACUUAUUUUGGAAAAAUUAAACAUUGAGGAACGGCAGGUCGAGGUACUCAACCAGCAGCAGCAGAAUGAUCAAACCAGUGAGGAAAACAAAAAAGAGAGAGAAAAUCUGGAAAAACAGAGAUUUGAAACUGAACAGCAGAAACAGAUGUUGGAGCUUAACAUCAUAAAAAUGAAUGAAGAGAAGCAAAUGCUUCAGAAAGCCAAAGAAGAAAUGGAAAACAUAAAAUACAUGACCAACAAAGAAAGAGACAAGGUUGAACAAAUGCAAGGUGAAAUACACCAUCAGAUUCAGUCAAUUGAACUACAAAAGCAACGCAUGCAAGACAAGCAGAAUGCUCUUGAUGAAAAAGAGCUAAACAUACAGAGGAAGGAAAGGGACGUAGAGAAGAGAAACAUAGAAUUAGAUGGGAUCGCUGCUCAGCUUCACAUUGAACAGGAAUAUUUAGAUAAUGUUCCUGAGGAAACCAGUAAGAGACAACAUGCCCUUGAAGAGAUGCAGGUUGAUAUAGAACUGCAAAAACAAGAAAUUAAUAAGGACUAUGAGUUGCUUAAGAAGAUAAGGCAUGAAAUAGACAACAAAAAUAUAGAAAUGAAGCAGAAAAAAGAUGAUCUGCAGAUCUGGACUAAACAUCAGAAAGAUAAGGUUCAAGUCCAGUUAGAAGAGCUAGAGAAAGAAAGAGAAAAACUGGAAAAAAUUAAGAUAAAGCUUCUUACUGAGAGAGAGCAAACUGAAAAAGAGAAAGCUGACAUAAAUAGGGUAAAUGAUGAAAUAGAAUCAAUGAGACAAAGAGUGAUGAUUCAGAAGACUGAGCUGGAGCAGAGAAAUAAAUAUAUUACUGAGCAGCAGCAAAACCUGGAUCAAAGUGUAAGAGAGAUAACGGAAGAAAGAAGGGAAAUGGAUAAGUUGAGAAUUGAACUAGAAGCUCAGAGACAAAGAAUGCAAGAGGACAUGACGACUAUUGCAAACCAGGAAAAAGAACUUUCACAAUUGAGAGAUGACAUACAAAGAGAAAAACAAGACAUUGGUGAAAACAGGAACACAACUAACAAGUUAAUGAAAGAUCUGGAAAUCACGAAAGUCAAGCUGGUGGAACAACAAGAAGUGAUCCGAACUGAAGCAGAAAAACUCCAAGAGGAAAGAAAACUGGUUGACCAGACAAAAUCUGAGGUGCAGAAUGAUGCUGAAAAUCUGAAAAGCAUCUUAGAAGAGAUCAAAAGGGAGCAAGAAAAUAUGGAGAUAAGGGAGGCCCACCUUAAACAAAUGAUGGAUCAAUGUGCCAAUACCAUGGAAGAAAAUAUGAGGAAGAAGACUGAACUAGAAAAGACUAUUGAUGACAUAGAAGAGCAAAAUCAACUGAUUAAGACUGAGAAAGACCAUCUGAAAAAAGAGAGAAAUAACAUUGAAAAGGAAAAGGAAGAUUUGCAAAGACAAGCUGAUGACCUGGAGACGCACAUGACAGAACAAAAAGAAAAAGAAGAGAUGAGUAAAAGAUCAAUGGAUGAAGAGAAAAAGCUUCUUGAGGAAAAGGCUAGCGAAAUUCUGAGACAGAGAGAUGAAAUAGAGAAAGAAAAAAAGGACAUGAUGAAGAAGUGGAAUGAGCUGGAUGUUCUCCAGAAGACAAUACAAAAACAAAGAGACGAAAUGGAAGAAAUCAAAUAUGAGUUAGAGACUGAAAAGGCUGAAAUUAAUCAACAGCAGCAAAGACUGGAGGAGAGUAUAAGUGCUGUGAACGAGGAGAGGAGAGAUCUGGAGAACAUGAGGAAUGAAUCUGAAGAAUAUAGACAACAAAGGGACGAAGAGAUAAGAGUAAAACUAAAGAUGGAGAGAGAGGAACUUGAUCAGAUGAAGAGUGAUCUGGAAAGACUGAAAACUGAAAUAGAUCAUGAGCAGAAGAAAAUAGAUGAUGACAGAAAUAUGAUUGAACAAGGAAGAAAUGACCUGGAGAAGAUGAGGUCUGAAAUAAUGUUACAAAGAAAGCAAAUAGAAGAAGAGAGAUCAGAACUUGACAACAAAAUAAAACAGACUGAUCUAGAAAAAUGUGACAUUGAGAAGAGCAAAGAAAUUGUACAGAAGAUACUGGAUGAGGUAGAAGAACAGAGAAAUUAUAUUAAACUCCAUGAAGAAAAACUUGAACUUGAGAGACAAAAGAUCAAUGAUGAAAAAGAUUGUCAGGCUCAUAUAAAGACUAAACUGCAAAAAGAGAGUGAACAAAUCAGAUGCAUGGAAGAUGAAAUAAAGAAGGAGAGAGAAACACUGAAAGAAAUGGAAGCUCUUCUACAAAAGGAAAAGGAAGAACUUGAGAGUGUCACUGAAGAAACGAAUAGACGAAAAGAAGACCUGGAAAUGAUGAGCGCAAACAUAAAUGAACAAAAACUAGAGCUGAGAAAAUACAGAGAGCUUCUAGAGCAAGAGAAAGAUGAAACAAACAAUAAAUGGAUAAAGUUACAGCAAAGAAUUGAUGAAUUUCAUACUCAAGUCAGACAACAGAAGGAAAAGGAUUUAAUGAAACAGGAGGAGAUGGAAGAAGAAACAAAAAGUCUAGAACAGAUCAAAGUCAAGAUCCUGGAGCUGAAGACUAAAGCUGAGCAGGAACAACAAGACAUAAGCCUAAAAAUACAAGAGUUGAACACACUGCAAGAACAUAUUAUGAAAGAAAAGGAGAAAGAAGAAGAAAUGAGAGUAAAAGUAAAGAUGGAGAGAGAAGAACUUGAUCAGAUAAAGAGGGAAUUGGAAAGAGAGAAAACUGAAAUGGACAAUGACAGGAAGAUGAUUGAACAGGAAAGAGAAGACCUGGAGAAGAUGCGGUCUGAAACAAUGACACAAAGAGAACAAAUGGAAGAUAUGAGAGAAGCAAUCAAAUUAGAGAGAUCAGCACUUGUCCAGAAAACACAAGAGAUUGAGCUAGAAAAGAAUAAAAAGUACAAAGAAAAAGUUCAGAAACUAUUGGACCAGAUGGACGAACAGAGAAAUUAUAUUACACUCCAAAAAGAAGAACUAGACUCGCUGAAAGCACAGAUUAGUAAAGAAAAAGAAAUUAGAAUAAAAGCAAAGAUGGAAAGAGAGGAACUUGACCAGAUAAGGAGUGAUCUGGAAAGAGAGAAAUCUGAAAUUGAUCACGAGCAGAAGAAAAUGAAUAACGACAGAAAGGUGAUUGAACAGGAAAGAAACAACCUGGAGAAGAUGAAGUCUGAAAUAGUGACACAAAGAGAACAAAUGGAAAAACACUUGACAGAGACUAUCAAACUAGAAAGAUCAGCACUUGACCAGAAAAUGCAAAAGAUUGAUCUAGAAAAGGAUGAAACUGAAAAGAACAAAGAAAUAGUUAAGAAAUUAAUGGAUAAAGUAGAAGAGCAGAGCAAUUAUAUUAAACUCCAGAAAGAAGAACUUGACCUUGAAAGACAAAAGAUCACUGAUGAAAAAUAUCUUCUAGCUCAAAGUAAGACAGAGCUGCAAAAAGAAAGCAAACAAAUCAAAUACAUGGAGGAGGAAUUAAAGAAAGAGAGAGAAACACUGAAGGAAAUGGAAGCUCAUCUACAAAAGGAAAAGGAAGAAAUUGAAAGUGUCACUGAAGAAACAAAGAGAAAGAAAGAGGAUCUGGAUGAACAAAAACAAGAGUUGAAGAACUGCAGAGACCUUCUAGAACAAGAAAGAGAAGAAAUAAACCAAAAAUGGACACAGUUACAACUGAGAAUUGAUGAAUUUGAUGCUCAAGUCAGUACACAGAAGGAAGAUUAUAUGAUGGAACAAAAAAAGAUGGAAGAAGAAAGAGAAAGUCUAGAAGAAACCAAAGCUAAGAUCCUGGAGCUGAAGACUAAAGCUGAACAGGAUCAGAUUAUGAAAGAAAAAGAGAAAGAAGAGGAAGAAGAAAUGAGAGUUAAAGCAAACAUGGAGAAGGAAAAACUUGAUCACAUAAAGAGUGAACCGGAAAGAGAGAAAACUGAAAUAGAUCAUGAGCAGAAGAAAAUGGAUGAUGACAGCAAUAUGAUUGAACGGGAAAGAAAAGAACUGCAUAAGAUGAGGUCUGAUAUGAUGACAGAGAGAGAGCAAAUGGAAGACAUGAGAGAAGCAAUCAAACUUGAGAGAUCAGCACUUGAACAGAAAAUGCAAAAGAUUCAUCUAGAAAAGGAUGAAAUUGAAAGCAAUAAAGAAAUAGUUCAGAAAUCAAUGGAUAAUGUAGGAGAGCAGAGAAAUUAUAUUAAACUCCAGAAAGAAGAAAUUGACCUUGAAAGACAAAAGAUCACUGAUGAAAAAUAUCUUCUAGCUCAAAGUAAGACAGAGCUGCAAAAAGAAAGUGAACAAAUCAAAUACAUGGAGGAGGAAAUAAAGAAGGAGAGAGAAACACUGAAGGAAAUGGAAGCGCACCUACAAAAGGAAAAUGAAGAACUUGAGAGUGUCACUGAAGAGCCAAAGAUACAGAAAAAGGAUCUGGAAAAGAUGAGCACAAACAUAAAUGAACAAAAACAAGAGUUGAGUAAAUACAGAGAGCUUCUAGAGCAAGAGAAAGAUGAAAUAAACAAUAAAUGGAUACAGUUACAGCAGAGAAUUAAUGAAUUUGAUACUCAAGUCAGACACCAGAAGGAAAAGGAUGUAAUGAAACAGGAGGAGAUGGAAGGAGAAAGAAAAAGUCUAGAACAGACCAAAGUCAAGAUUCUGGAGCUGAAGACUAAAGCUGAGCAGGAACAACAAGACAUAAGCCUAAAAAUACAAGAGUUGAACACACUGCAAGAACAUAUUAUGAAAGAAAAAGAGAAAGAAGAAGAAGAAGAAAUGAGAGUAAAAGCAAAGAUGGAAAGAGAAGAACUUCAUCAGAUAAAGAGGGAAUUGGAACGAGAGAAAACUGAAAUGGAAAAUGACAGGAAGAUGAUUGAACAGGAAAGAGAAGACCUGGAGAAGAUGCGGUCUGAAACAAUGACACAAAGAGAAAAAAUGGAAGACAUGAGAGAAGCAAUCAAAUUAGAGAGAUCAGCACUUGUCCAGAAAACACAAGAGAUUGAGCUAGAAAAGAAUAAAAAGUACAAAGAAAAAGUUCAGAAACUAUUGGACCAGAUGGACGAACAGAGAAAUUAUAUUACACUCCAAAAAGAAGAACUAGACUCGCUGAAAGCACAGAUUAGUAAAGAAAAAGAAAUUAGAAUAAAAGCAAAGAUGGAAAAAGAGGAACUUGACCAGAUAAGGAGUGAACUGGAAAGAGAGAAAUCUGAAAUUGAUCAUGAGCAGAAGAAAAUGAAUAACGACAGAAAGGUGAUUGAACAGGAAAGAAACAACCUGGAGAAGAUUAAGUCUGAAAUAUUGACACAAAGAGAACAAAUGGAAAAACACUUGACAGAGACUAUCAAACUAGAAAGAUCAGUACUUGACCAGAAAAUGCAAGAGAUUGAUCUAGAAAAGGAUGAAAUUGGAAAGAACAAAGAAAUAGUUCAGAAAUUAAUGGAUAAAGUAGAAGAGCAGAGAAAUUAUAUUAAACUCCAGAAAGAAGAACUUGACCUUGAAAGACAAAAAAUCACUGAUGAAAAAUAUCUUCUAGCUCAAAGUAAGACAGAGCUGCAAAAAGAAAGAGAACAAAUCAAAUACAUGGAGGAGGAAAUAAAGGAGAGAGAAACACUGAAGGAAAUGGAAGCUCAUCUACAAAAGGAAAAGGAAGAAAUUGAGAGUGUCACUGAAGAAACAAACAGACAGAAAGAGGAUCUGGAUGAACAAAAACAAGAGUUGAAGAACAGCAGAGACCUUCUAGAACACGAAAGAGAAGAAAUAAAACAUAAAUGGACAGAGUUACAACUGAGAAUUGAUGAAUUUGAUGCUCAAGUCAACAAACAGAAGGAAGAAUAUCUAACAGAACAAAGGGAAAUAGAAGAAGAAAGUAAAGGUCUACAAGAGAUCCUGGAGAUAAAGACUAAAGCUGAGCAGGAACAUCAUGAUGUAAACCUAAAAAUACAAGAGUUAAACACGCUGCAAGCACAGAUUAUUGAAGAAAAAGAGCAACUACAAGAAAUCAGAAAUAAGGUUUUGAAUGAAACAGCCACACUUGAGAUGAGAGCUGCUGAGAUAAUUCAACAACAACACACACUGGAUGAGAAUCUGAAAGAGAUGAGAUACGAGAGAAAUGAACUUCAUAGGAUGCAAAAGGAACUUCAGGCUGAAAGACACCAAAUGGAAAAGGAAAUGAAUACCAAAACUGAUGAAUUAAUGAGAGAAAGACAAGAAAUUGAAAUGAGCAAGAACAGGACAAACAAACUAACAGAGGACAUGGACAUCAUGAAAGCUAAACUUAUUGCACAAGAAGAAGAAAUGCAAGUUGAAAAAGAAAAACUAAAUGAAGAGAGAAAAGAAUUUGAGCAAUUAAAGAGUGAUACAGAAAGAGAGAAACAAGAACUCAGUAAGAAUAAAGACAUCAUGAAUACACUAAAAGAGGAACUUCACCUGGAAAAGAAGAGAAUGAAUGACGAGAGGGAAGAGAUGGAUGUGAGCAGUAAGAAGGUUAAAUUACAGAUACAGACAGACAAACAGAUGAUUGCUAAAAUGAAGGCCCAACUCCAAAGUGAGAAAGAUGUAUUUGACCAUAUCAGAGAAGAAAUGGAGAAAGAAUGGGCAGCAUUAGAAGCAGAAAAACAAACUCUUCAGCAAAACAGCAAUGAAAUCUUGAGACAAAGGGAAGACACAGAAAAGGAAAUAGAGGGCAUUUUGAAAAAGAAAGAAGAACUGGAAAAGCUUCAGACAGAAAACCUGAAACAAAAAACUGAAUGUGAAAACAUUAUUACAACAGAGAAAUAUUUGCUUGAAAUGUUAAGAACUGAGUUAGAUCAUAAGCAGCAGAAGGUGGAAGAUGACAGGAAGGUGAUUGAACAGGAAAGAAAAGACUUGGAGAAGACAAAGAUUGAAAUAAUGACGCAAAAAGUGCAAAUGGAGAAAGAUCUUGAGAAGGAAAUCAAAUCAGAGAGAGCGUUAAAGGUCCAGAAAAUGCAAGAGACUGAUUUAGAAAAGGAUGAAGUUGAAAAGGAGAAAUAUAUAGUUCAGAAACUAAUGGAUGAGGUAGAGGAACAGAGAAAUUAUCUAAAACUUCGAGAAGAGGAAACCAAACUUGAAAGGCAAAAGAUCAGUGAUGAAAAAGAUUUUCUCGCUCAAACUAAGACUGAACUGCAAAGAAAAAGCGAACAAAUUGGAAAUACAGAAGAUGAAUUAAAGAAGGAGAGAGAAACACUAAAGGAAAUGGAAGCUCAUCUACAAAAAGACAAAGAAGAAAUUAAGAGUGUCAUUGAAGAAACAAACAGACGAAAAGAAGAUCUGGAAAAAAUGAACACAGACAUAAAUAAACAAAAACAAGAGCUGAAGAACUGCAGAGACCUUCUAGAAAAAGAAAGAGAAGAAUUAAACCAAAAAUGGACACAGUUACAACUGAGAAUUGAUGAAUUUGAUGCUCAAGUCAGUAAACAGGAGGAAGAUUAUAUGAAGGAACAGAAAAAGAUGGAAGAAGAAAGAAAAAGUCUAGAAGAAACCAAAGCUAAGAUCCUGGAGCUGAAGACUAAAGCUGAACAGGAACAGAUUACGAAAGAAAAAGAGAAAGAAGAAGAAAUGAGAGUUAAAUCAAACAUGGAGAAGGAAAAACUUGAUCACAUAAAGAGUGAACUGGAAAGAGAGAAAACUGAAAUAGAUCAUGAGCAGAAGAAAAUGGAUGAUAACAGGAAGAUGACUGAACAGGAAAGAAAAGAACUGCAUAAGAUGAGGUCUGACAUGAUGACAGAGAAAGAGCAAAUGGAAGACAUGAGAGAAGCAAUCAAACUUGAGAGAUCGGCACUUGAACAGAAAAUGCAAAAGAUUGAUCUAGAAAAGGAUGAAAUUGAAAGGAACGAAGCAGUAGUUCAGAAAUCAAUGGAUAAAGUAGAAGAGCAGAUAAAUUAUAUUAAACUCCAGAAAGAAGAUCUUGACCUUGAAAGACAAAAGAUCAUUGAUGAAAAAUAUCUUCUAGCUCAAAGUAAGACAGAGCUGCAAAAAGAAAAUGAACAAAUCAAAUACAUGGAAGAGGAAAUUAAUAAGGAGAGAGAAACACUGAAAGAAAAGGAAGCGCAUCUACAAAAGGAAAAGGAAGACAUUGAGAGUGUCACUGAAGAAACAAAGAGACAGAAAGAGGAUCUGGAAAAGAUGAGCACAAACAUAAAUGAACAAGAACAAGAGUUGAGUAAAUACAGAGAGCGUCUAGAGCAAGAGAAAGAUGAAAUAAACAAUAAAUGGAUACCGUUACAGCAGAGAAUUGAUGAAUUUGAUACUCAAGUCAGACAACAGAAGGAAAAGGAUUUAAUGAAAGAGAUGGAAGAAGAAAGAAAAUGUCUAGAACAGACCAAAGUCAAGAUCCUGGAGCUGCAGACUAAAGCUGAGCAGGAGCAUCAAGACAUAAGCCUAAAAAUACAAGAGUUGAACACACUGCAAGAACAUAUUAUGAAAGAAAAAGAGAAAGAUGAAGAAAUGAGAGUAAAAGCAAAGAUAGAGAGAGAAGAACUUGAUCAGUUAAAGAGGGAAUUGGAACGAGAGAAAACUGAAAUGGAAAACGACAGGAAGAUGUUUGAACAGGAAAGAAAAGACCUGCAAAAGAUAAGGUCUGACAUAAUGACAGAAAGAAAGCAAAUGGAAGACAUGAGAGACGCAAUCAAAUUAGAGAGAUCAGCACUUGUCCAGAAAAUACAAGACAUUGAUCUAGAAAAGGACGAAAUUGGAAAGAACAAAGAAAUAGUUCAGAAAUUAAUGGAUGAAGUAGAAGAGCAGAGAAAUUAUACUAAACUCCAGAGAGAAGAACUUGACCUUGAAAGACAAAAGAUCAAUGAUGAAAAUUUUAUUCUAGCUCAAAGUAAGACAGAGCUGCAAAAAGAAAGCAAACAAAUCAAAUACAUGGAGGAGGAAUUAAAGAAAGAGAGAGAAACACUGAAGGAAAUGGAAGCUCAUCUACAAAAGAAAAAGGAAGAAAUUGAGAGUGUCACUGAAGAAACAAAGAGACAGAAGGAGGAUCUGGAAAUGAAUACAGACAUAACUGAACAAAAACAAGAGCUGAAGAAUUGCAGAGACCUUCUAGAACAAGAAAGAGAAGAAUUAAACCAUAAAUGGACACAGUUACAACUGAAAAUUGAUGAAUUUGAUGCUCAAGUGAGUAAACAGAAGGAAGAAUAUCUAACAGAACAAAAGGAAAUACAAGAAGAAAGAAAAGGUCUAGAAGAUAACAAAGUCAAGCUUCUGGAGCUGAAAUCUAAAGCUGAGCAGGAACAUAAAGACAUAAGCCUAAAAAUGCAAGAGUUGAACACACUGCAAGAACAAAUUAAGAAAGAACAAGCGAAAGAAGAACUUGAUCAGAUGAAGAGUGAACUGGAAAGAGAGAAAACUAAAAUAGAUCAUGAGCAGAAGAAAAUGAAUGAUGCCAGAAAGAUCAUUGAACAGGAAAGAAAUUACCUGGAGAAGAUGAGGUCUGAAAUAAUGUUACAAAGAAAGCAAAUAGAAGAAGAGAGAUCAGAGCUAGACAACAAAAUAAAACAGACUGAUCUAGAAAAAUCUAAUAUUGAGAAAAGCAAAGAAAUUGUACAGAAAUUAUUGGAUGAGGAGGAAGAACAGAUAAAUUAUAUUAAACUUCAUGAAGAAGAAUUAGAACUUGAGAGACAAAAGAUCAAUGAUGAAAAAGAUUUUCUGGCUCAAAUAAAGACUGAACUGCAAAAAGAAAGUGAACAAAUAAGAUACAUGGAAGAGGAAAUUAAUAAGGAGAGAGAAACACUGAAAGAAAAGGAAGCGCAUCUACAAAAGGAAAAUGAAGAAAUUGAGAGUGUCACUGAAGAAACAAAUAGACGAAAAGAAGAUCUGGAAAGGAUGAACACAGACAUUAAUAAACAAAAACAAGAGCUGAAGAACUGCAGAGACCUUCUAGAAAAACAAAGAGAAGAAAUAAAUCAUGAAUGGACAGAAUUACAACAGAGAAUUGAUGAAUAUGAGCGGUCAAAGACUGAGUCUAUGAGGAAUGUUCUGGAGGAGACCAGAAUGAAAGACGAAAAAACAGAAAUGGAAGAAAAACUUAAACAGGCUAACAAGGAAUAUGAAAGUGUCAUAGAAGAAACAAACAGCAGAAGGGGUGAACUAGAGAAAAUCAUGUUUGAUAUAUCACAACAAAAUCAAAAGUUUGAGACAGACAAAGAUCUUCUGCAAAAAGAUAGAAAUAACAUUGAAAAGGAAAGAGAAGAUUUGCAAAGACAUGCUGAUGACCUGGAGACACACAUGACAGAACAAAAAGAAAAAGAAGAGAUGAGUAAAAGAUCAAUGGAUGAAGAGAAGAAGCUUCUUGAGCACAAGGCUGGUGAAAUCCUGAGACAGAGAAAUGAAUUAGAGAAAGAAAAAGACGACACGACGAAGAAGUGGAAUGAGCUGGAUGUUCUCCAGAAGACAUUACAAAAACAAAGAGACGAAAUUGAAGAAAUCAAAAAUGACUUACAGACUGAAGAGGCUGAAAUUAAUCAACAGCAGCAAAGACUGGAGAAGAGUAUAAGAGCUGUGAAUGAGGAGAGGAGAGAUCUGGAGAACAUGAGGAAUGAUUUUGAAAAAUACAGACAACAAAUGGAAGAAGAGAUGAGAGUAAAAACAAAGAUGGAGAGAGAGGAACUUGAUCAACUGAUGGCCAAGAUACUGAUAGAACAAAAAGAAACUGAUAGGAGCAAGGAUAUGAUAGACCAUCUAAAGAAGGAAAUGGAGCACACAAAAGCCAAACUCAAUGCUCAAGAGGAGCAAAUCAAACUGGAAUUGCAAAUAGUGCAAUAUGAGAGGCAAGAUCUGGAACAGUCCAAGGCUGAAAUCAAGAGCCAGAGUGAUGAAACCAAGAUCAUGAAAGAGCAGACACACCAGUUAGAAAAAGAGAAAGAUUUGUCUGAAACAUUAAAAGAAGAACGUCAAUCUGGACAGCUUCUUCAACAGAAGAGAGAAGAAAUGGCCUCUCAAGGAAAACAGAUACAGAUAGAUGAAGUCAACAGACUCUUGUCUGAGAUUCAAAGGGAAAGGGAAGCACUUGAAAGAAACAAAAAAAUCCUUGAACAUCAGAGAGAGGCACUGGACGAGAUGAAGAGAAAACAACCAACACAGAGGCUGCAAUUAAUUUUGGUUAGUUCUGCUACACAAACAUCUAAACUAGAAGACAUACCUGUUGGUGACAUUUCAGCCCCUCAGGAACAAAUUGUUGAGGAACACACAGGCAUUCAUAAGGAAUAUACAACUUUCAUAACAAAAGGGACGGAAGAUGAAUUAGAGAGAAUGAGAGAUCAUGAGGACACAGAGCUCAAAAUGAGAAGUGAAGAAACUGAAAUGGACUCAAGCCAAGAAGACAAUGCACUGACAACAGAAUAUAAAGAUAUACCUGAUCCAUCCAUGGCAGUAAAGUUGGAGUUCAAUAAAGAUGAAGCCGAUGGCCUUACUGAAACGUUGAUGACUGAGAAGAGGGAACUAGAAAAGACAAGACUUGUUUUACAGAGAGACCAGAAAGAGACUGAGACAAUGAGACAACACACUGACAGAGAGAAGAAGAAUCUGGAGAAAUAUAAAGCCGCUCUUGAAAAACAAUAUGAAGAGAUGGAGUUAUGCAGACAGAAUAUGGAAAAUGAAAGAUCUGAGCUGGAAAUGACUCGAGAUAAAAUUAAGAUGGACAUGGAAAAAAUUCUAAUGGAGAUCAAGAGCAAGCAGGAGAUUAUAGAAAACAUGGAAGUUCAACUUCAAGAAAAGAAGAGAGAAAUGGAAACCAUCUCUGUUGAGAUGAACCAGAGACAAGAGGAGUUGGACUUCAUAAAUACAGAGAUAAAAAGAAAGAGACAAGAGAUGGUGGACACCAAAGAAAUGGAGGAACAUGAGUUAACUGACAUACUUCCAGAGAGAGAGGAGUCUAUAAAAAGACACCUGGAGGAAAUACAGAACCAAAAGGAGGCAUUACGGAAGGAGAGGGGUGAAGUUGAAAAAAUACUCACUGGGCUGCAGAAGGAGCAAAUGGAAAUGGAGAUGCGUCAGGCAAUGCUGAACUCAGAAAGAAAUGAACUGAAUAGAAUGAGAGUCGAUCUGGAGACACAAAAAGAGGAGUUUAGGCUUAUGCAACAAAACAUAGAGACAGAAAGAGACAAGCUGGAAUCAAGGUUAAGGAGAGCAGAGGACAUAGAGAGACUUUUGGAUGAUGUACUGAAAGAAAAGGAAAGGGUAGAAGAAAUGGCAGCUCAACUUGUCAAAGAACAGGCAGAGUUUAAAAUGAUUAUUACUGAGGCAAAUAAAUGGAUAAACAAGAUUAAACAGAUUGAGGAGGAAAUUAAAACAAAGCAAGAAGAAAUGGAGCACAUUGAAGAACUGAGACAAAAAGAGCUUCAUCAAAGGAGAGCAGAAUCUGAAAAAAUGAAGACUGAAAUUGACAAUGAAAAAGAAGAAAUUCAGAAGAUACGAAAGGAAUGUGAGAGAGAAAAACAUGAACUGGAGCAAAUAAAAACAGAUUUGCAGAAAGAAGAACCACAGAAAACCAAUGCAGAAGUGCAAUAUGAUGAAACACACAGUGUUAUGCACACGUUGAAAGAAGAGAAAGAAGAAAUAGAAAGGAUGAAAGCUGACCUCCAGAAUGAGCAGAGAGAAAUUGAAAACCUGAUGGACAUUAUAAAAAGAGAGAAGGGCGAGCUGGAAAAGAAGAAAGUUGAAAUGCAGCAAAUUGCUGCAGAAAUAAGGGACACAGACAGUGAUAAGAACUUACAAAAUGAAAUUAUGCAGAUUGAAGCAAUCCUCAAUGAAACCAAGAGACAGAAGAAUGACCUGGAACAGAUGAAUGACAAUUUGAACAGGGAAAAAUCAGAACUGAAAAGCACUUGUCAGUUUCUAGAAAAAGAAAAGAGAGAAGCAGAAACUAGAUUACAGGAUAUGGUGAGUGAACUGAAUAUUAAGCUUAAGGAAUUAGAAAAUCUACAGAAGUUCAAAACAGAGGAUAGAGAGGCAGAGAAGAAAAAUCUGGAGAAAUUUAAGGAUGAGAUGGCUAAAGAACGUGAACAAAUUAAAAGGGAAAAUGAAGAUUUAAGAAUGAGAAGAGACGAGCUGCUGCACAUGAAAGACGAAAUUCAAAAGCAGACAAAAGACCUAGAAGAAAUAAUGAACAAAGUGACAAUGGAGAAGAGUGAGCUAGAACAAGAGAGGUGUGAAAUAAACAAACAAAAACAACAACUGGAAGACAUUGGGAAAGCUGCAGAAAUAAAGUGGGUUGAGACACAGGUAGCCACUGAAAGGUCCAGACAAGAUGACGAGGACAUGCAAAUCUUAAAAACUGAGAGAAAAAGAAUAGCACAUCUGAAUGAUCAAUUACUGAAAGCGAAAGAGGAUGUUGAAACCACCAAAGAGAGAAUUAAUAGAGAGAUGGAACAUACUGAAAAGAUGCAAAGCCAAUUAAAUGACCAAAAAGAAGAGAUCAAGUUUCAAAAACAAAUAUUAGAAGAUGCAAGGACUGAGAUUCAUGACAAGACAAAUGCUCUAGAGAAAAGUAUGCAGGACUUACAAAAAGAGAGGGAAAAUCUAAAUGCUUUAGUUAUUCAACAACAAAAAGAAAGAGAAUAUAUGGAUAAACUAGCAGAAGAAAACAAAAGAAAAGAGAAGCAUGCUGAAGUUGAGAUACAAAGACAGUUAGAGGACAUAGAAAAUGACAAGGUGAGGUUGGCAAAAGAAAGGAAUCAAAUUGAACAGACGAAUGCAGAAAUACAGACUAAACAUAAAGAGCUAGAGAAAAUAAUCAGACAACAGCAAGAGGAGAUUGAAAUCAUGCAAAGAGAAAGAAAGGCUUUGGAGAAAAUGAAUGCUGAGCUAGAAAAGAAAACCACUGAAAUGGAAAAUAAGAGAGAGAAAGUAACUCUCUGGGAAGCAGAUAUACAGAAACAGAAAACCAAAGUAGAAGAGCUAAGGAACAUCUUAGAAAGAGAGAAAAGUGAACUUGACAAAGAGAAAGCCGAAGUAAAACAAGAAAAACAAGAGAUGGAAAACAUUCUGAAAACCAUCAAGAGUGAGUUGGAAGACCUAGAGCAACUUAGAAAUAAAUCUGAGGAAGAGAAGAAAGACAUGCUGAACAGACUGUUAACAGAAAAACAUGAAAUGGAUCAAUUAAAAACCGAGUUACAGUUGGAGAAGAAGAUCAUUGAAGAGGAAAAGAAAAUGCUGGAGCAGUUGAUGAACGAAACUGAAAAUAAAAGAUCUCAACUGGACAGCAACAUUGUGCAAAUGAACAUGGACAAACGAAAUAUUCAAAAAGAAAAAGACUCGCUGGAGGAGAUCAAGGCAGAUUUACAAAGAAAGUCUGAAAAGCUUAAUGAGGAAAUCAGGAAAACAGACCAAAUCACCUCUCAAAUCAGUAAAGACCAAGAGAACAUUCCAAAGAGACUGGAAGGCAUGAGAAGAAAAGAAGAAGAGCUCAGUACUAUGCGUGCCGAAAUCGAAAGGCAGACAAAGCUUCUGCAAUCAGAUCUACUGCUACUUCAGACACAAAAAGAGAACUUAGAAAAGAGCAAAGCAGAGAAUGAGACUCUAAGAGAAGAUCUUGAAAAGCAAAAAGAAAAGAAUGACUUGACAAUGCAAGAACUGCACAAAGAGAGGCUGGCCUUGGAGCAGAAGAUUACUGAUAUAACACAGCUAAGAGACACAGUGGAAAGCACACAGAAUGAAAUACGACUUAAAGAACAGGAUCUGGAAAACAAAGAAAGAGAACUUGACAUGCAAAGAAAAGAUGUAGAUAACCUAAGAAACAUUGUGAUGGCUGAGAAAAUGCAGCUGGAAAAGAGGCGCAAUGUUAUGAAUCAACAGCAGCAGGAGGUUGAUGACUUGAUGAAUGAAAACAGAAAAAUGAGAAAUGAUUUGGAGAGCAUGAAAACUCAUCUGGAACAAGAGAGACAACAACUACAAGAAAACAUCAAAACAUUUGAAGAUCAGAAGAAUGUUUUUGAUCAAAUCAAAGUUGAUGCAGAGCAACAGACCGAUGAGCUUGAGAAAAUCACAGCAGAUACAAAGAGGGGAAAGGAACCUCUUGGAAAGGAAAGAGAGAAGACUGAUGCUUUGAAGAAAGAAAUCCAGAGUAAGAAAGAUGAACUGCAAAACUUAAAUUUUGAGAUUGAAAAUCCCAAGCAAGAAAUGGCAGAAAACAGAGAUCAGUUUGAAAAAGAGAUGGAAAAUUUAAAGCAGAAAAGAGCAGAUUUACUGACAGAUAUUGAUCAGCGAGCCGAGACCAAAAUAAAGAAGAAAGAUGUAAAAACAGCAGUGGAGAGUGAAAAACAGAUCCAAGCUGCUUUACAAAUGGUCAGGGAGGACACUGAAGAAGAAAAGACAGAUGCUGAAUUGCAGGCUGAUCUCCAGAAACAGAUAGAUGAACUAGAAGAACUGAGGAACACAAUUGACGUGGAAAAAAAUCAGAUUGAAAAGAAAAAGCUCACAUUAGAUCAACAGCAGCAGGAAUUAGAAGACAUCAUGACGGUCAUCAAACGAGAGAGAGAUGUGCUUGAGAAAGAGAAGUCUGAAAUUGAUGAACACAGACAUAUCCUCAAUAAAAAUAUGCAGACAAAACAAGAAGAGCUUGAAAAGCUUAAUAAUGAUAUUCAAAGGGACAAAAAGGAGAUUGAAAACAGCAAAAAGAUAACUGAGAGUGAAAAAUAUCGUAUCGAAAAGGAGAGAGCUGAUUUAAACAGACUGAAGAAAGAGGCUGAAGUCAGCAAACAAAGUGUACAACAUGAGAGAACUUUGCUGCAACAAGAUAAAGACAUGAUACAGAAAGAAAAAGAGGACAUGGAAGGCGUUUUAGAUGAAAAGACGAGAACAAUGGAGGAACUGCAAGAGCAAAUAAACAGACAAUUAUCUGAAUUAGAGAUGGUAAACAUGGAGAUUCAAAUAAAGAGACAGGAAGCAGAAAUGCAUCGCUUACCAGAAGAGAUGAAAACAAAAGAUCAUUCAAAGAGGGAUGCUGAUGUCCUAAGAGAGGAAGUAGAAGUACAGAAACAAAAAACAGAUGAACUUGAGAUAUAUCAAAUGAAGACCACCUCAGUCGAUGCUGAAACACAAACAUGUUUGGAUGACUUUAAGAAAACAGAUGAUAGCAGACAAAAGGAAUUAGAAGACGAAACAACGGCAACAAAGAAAAAACAACCCACUGUGACAAAGUCAAAAGACAAGCAUGCAUCUGAAGUGCGAGAAAUAAUGGACUCUUUAAACAAAGAAAUUGAAGAUUUGGAGAGAAUGAAGACAAUGAUGAAAAAAGAGAGACAUGAACUGGAACAAGCAAAAGCUGACAUCCAAAGGCAGAGGGAAGACUUUGAGAGAAAUAUGAAGGAAGUCAUGAAGGAGAAGUCAAGAAAUGAAGAAAAACUGCUACGACUUACACAAGACAAGGAGGAUUUAUCAAACAACCUUGAUAAGAAAAAUAAGGAAAUAGAGAGCAUCACAGAAACAUUCAUGAGAAAGUUGGGACAACUGGAAAAGACCAUAGCGUCACUGAAAGAAGAGAAGGAAAACAUUGAAAAUGAGUUACUUCAACAAAAGCAAAAUGAGCAGGAGACACUAAAAAUCAAGGGAAAAACAUAUGAUACUUCCAUUAGAAGUGACAGGGAUGCUGAGAAAGUCACAUACAAAAAAGCACUGGAACAAGUACAAGACACUAAAGAGGAGAAAAAGACAGACAGAGACAGCAGUCUGGAACUGACUGAGAUUUAUUGGGCCAAAACAGAUGGAGAAACAGAUGCAAAAACCUCCAAAACUGACGCCCAAAGAGAAGUUCUUCAGCUAAUGGAUGGCGCGACCCUAGAACGAGAUGAGCUAAACAUCAUGAGAGCUGAACUACAGAGGCAACAUGACGAAAUGGAGAACAAAAUGAAGAUCAUUCAAACUGGCCUUCUUGAGAUGGAGAAGGCAAAGGAUCACCUGCAUAAAUUGAGGGAUGAAUGUAAAACCGCUGAAGAAGAAAAGUCAGUGAUCAUGGAGAGUCUCGAGAGGAGGAGGAACAGCCUGGAAAAGGUUCAAGCUGAGCUACUGAGACAUACUGAGGAGAUUGAGCAUCUCACACGAAGCUAUGAAUGCAAAAGUAGAGAACUGCAAAAAAUUGAGACUGACAUACAAAGACAGGCAAGGACUGUGAAGACUCAACAGGAAACUAAUAUUCAGAGUGAACAAGAAGACCAAGAAGUAAUAGCGACUACAAAAUCCAUUCAAGAACAUACAGAGGAUGUUAAGCAGAAGAGAACUCAAGAGACACAAACUGAAGACCAGGAAAGAGAUGCUCUACCACAGUAUGAAGAGAUAGAUGCAAUGAAAAGGAGAAUACAGGACAUGAAAGAUGAACUUAAGAACAGAUUACAAGACCUAAAGAGGAAGGAACUGGAAAGACUCGGAAUGCAAAGAGAAAAAAUCGAGUUGGAGCUACGGAAAGCUGAAAUGGAAAGAUAUAAUGAAGCCCUCCAGCAUGAGAGAGAAACUGACAGACUCAAGCUCAUAGAAAAGGAAAAGGAAAUACUUCUGUUAAGGGAGUGUAUGCUGAUUGAGAUCAAUCGACUGAAGAGCGAAGAAACAGGAACAAGUAGUCAGCACUUGGAGAUUAUGGAGCGCCUCAUUAGUGAUGCAGCAGUAAGAGUGGACAGAUUCAGACGGGUUACGGACAGAGCCGUGCAAACGCUGAUGCUGGAAGGAGAUGGAGAGCAGUUUGGAGGAGCUCAAAGAGUGACGAUUGAACAGAUGGAAAGUGUCAGUGGAAGGAUGGAGAUUUCUAUGCAUGUCCUGAGUGAAGACAGGGAGGAAGGAGCGAGAGGAGAAUCCCAGAGAGGGGGCGUAGUCGGGCCAACUUCACGGAGAUUGCGGCUAUUGCACUGGAUCAGACGGUGCUGCUGUCGCUGCUGUCCCAGAAACACUGUGGAGGACACCGAGGACAUUUUAUAAACACAGGUCUUGUUCAUUUAGAAGUACAUUUUCAUAUGGAAUUUGACAAAAACUGAGAAGCAUGUCCUAAACAAAUACAAUCCAUGCAUUAUCAGUAUUUUAUGUAUAUAUUUAUACGUAGCAUUCUGUGGGAGUAAAACCCCCACAACAUUUUAGUAGUGUCAACAAAAAAAAAUAAAAAAUACUGGAUAACAUAACUAUUUAGUAAUAUAAUUACAGAUUAUUUGCAUAGUACCAAAUGUUUAAUGUUUAUCACAGUUUAUAUAAUCCAAUAAAUCAGUUUUGCUUUUUCAAAACUCAACACAGAUGCUUGCAUAAGCCAGAAUGAAUCUUUCAUUAUUACAUACAGUACAUCUAUGCAAUUAACUCCUUAAAUAACUCAUUAGCAUAAUGUGUGUGGUGCGUGUGUGUAUGCAUCUUCUGUUUUCACUAAUGUGUCAGUAAAACACUCUGGGUCAAAUGAUCCUGAAAUUAUCGGUUUUGAUUUCUCAUGACAACUUGAUAUAAUUAUUUUGUGUUUGGGUUCUUACACUUAAUCCUAAAUAUUUCCAGAAGGAACUGAAGUGUUGUGCACUGUUAAUUGGCAACUUUGGAAAUUUCUGCACAGUUAUCUGUGUAAAGCAAAGCUCACCUGUAAUGUUCAAGGUAAUAUCUGCACAUUCCUUUGGGGAAGAGAAGAGUGCAGAUGAAUGUGAGAGGAUGGAUAUCCUAAUCUUACGACUGCACCAGCAUGAGUGCUCGAGGUCGUGUUUGUUGCAUUCACAUUCUUGCAGCUCGGCAUGAUGGGAGUGUUGCAGAUGUGCCCUAUAUAACACGGAUGCACAGAAGCUGCAGUGAGCGAUGGAUUUCACAAGGAUCCACAGUAUGCCAAGGAGUGAACUACACUGGUAGGAUAAUUACAAAGGCCAUUUAAUUACCAACUGAACACAAGGAGAGCUUUGUGAAUUUUAACCCAGUUUAAAAAUGAUGCAAUGGAUUUUUAGAUGAUAACACCAACAGGUCCAUUAAGAGGAUCAAACACCCAUGAGUUCCAAAACAAUUCUAUUCUAAUUUAAUAAGUAUAUCCCAGACUCAUGUAUGCACACACACAUACACACAACAUAUUGUUUUCAAAGUACUGCUUGAAUUUGUGUCACACACAAACAACAUAGUAUUUGCAAUGUCUUGCUUUGGAAUUAAAUAAACGUACAUUUGAACCUAAAACUUUUGUAAUGU